AUGUUGCUAAAAAGUGAAGGUUUCUGGGAGAAGGAAAAGUCCUCCUGCCUCUUCAAUCGCAGCGGUCUGGACUCCGAGGGCGGACUCUACAUGAUGUACCGAAGGGCCAGAGACAUCCUUUGGCUCUCCAAACUAUCGCUCAAGGACACACCAAAGGAUGCCGGAGCUGAUCCCCUGGACCUUCUGGCUCAGGCUUUCGAGAACCUCGAAAUUGAGGCUCUUCCUCGCGGUCCUCACGAGGUGCCUCCAGAGACCCUCAGGAUCUUUGAGCUCGACGCUGAAAGGACGUUCAAGGACGAGGAGAACAAGGCCACUCUCCGCAACACACUCUCUUUAAUCUACUCUUACAUUGGAGACUACCACCAAGGUGAAGGAUUUGUCAUUGCGUUUCUCCUCAUCUAUCUGAUGCCCUCCGAACUGGUCACCGUUAUCAAGGCUUUAAACACAAAUUUUCUAAGGGGGUACUUUUCGUCCGCCCCCAAAAACUACGUUCGGGAUGCCAGAGUGCUCAUGAGGUUUCUAAGGGACAAGAACCCAGAGUUGCACUCACACUUGGAACCGCUCAUUGUUCCAGAGGCGUUUGUAUCAAAGUGGUUCAUUGGAUUGAAUAUACACGUGCUAAUCUUCCCAUGUGUCAUUGACUAUAUCCGUUACAUUUUAAAAAAGGGCGAUGUUUACCUGUUCCAGUACGGAAUCGCCUUCUUCACAACCUUCCAAAAGGAACUCAUGAAAACGAGAGAUAUUAGCUAUAUACUCCAGGUCCUCCGGUUGGAAGACUUUGAAGGAGAAAAGUGCACUGAUGCCUGCUUUGAAAUCAUCAAAAACUCGCUUCAUGUAGACCUUGAUGUCGAAGCUCUGGAAAAGUACAGAAGCGAAGUUGAAAAGGAAAUGGAGGAGGAAGAACAAAGAAAGAAGGCCAAUGAAGCCCUUUUGGAUUAUGACGAUGAUGAAAUUGUCUUUUCGGAUGAAGAAUAG